AUGUUUAAUGAAGGAUGUUCACUGUCUUCCAGAAAAAUAUCGAACGAUCAUGCCCAAUCCUCAAAAGGAAAACUAAAGUAUUUUCCUCCACAAGUUAAUCAAAAGUGUCUUGGCUGUGAAGAACUAUCACAAAAAUUUGAUUUCAUAGUUGAUAUUUUGGCGGAACAUAAAGUGUUAUUGGAUCGCAUAGUUACUCAAAACGCUGCUGUAACUAAUAUGAUAGACAUUUUCCCAAUUAAUUAUGAGGUAAAGUUGAAAGAGUUGGACGAUAUUUUAGCUAUUCAAAGAUACCCUUAUAUACGACAAAUUAAUAUACUUCUCGGUGGUAAUGCCGAACGCAAUUUACAUAAUAUAUUUGGAUCCAAUAUAAUUCUUAAUUUUAAUGUUGACGGAUCAUUCGGCAAAAAACGUUUACGAGACUUCCGCAAUGUAUUUUCGGCUCUGAUAGGUGCUAUAUCCACUUUCAGUGAAUCCGCUGACAAAACAUUAAGAACUUCUUUUCAACGUCAGAAGAAAAAUUUUUUUAAGCAAACAAGUCGCAGCAAGUCCAAAAAGAAUGAGCAACACCCAAACGAAAACGAAUCUUCUGGCAAAGAAGAAUAA